UUGUUUCAUGUCAAAUGGAUAAAGCUGGGAAGAAUAAGUCAGAUCUUCCACCUGGGUUUAGGUUUCAUCCAACUGAUGAGGAACUCAUCAUGUAUUACCUGAGAAAUCAAACAAUGUCAAGGCCAUGUCCUGUAUCAGAUAUUAUACCAGAAAUCGAGAUUUAUAAAUUUGAUCCAUGGGAGUUACCUGAGAAGGCAGAUUUUGGGGAGAAAGAAUGGUAUUUCUUUAGCCCAAGAGACCGUAAGUAUCCGAAUGGGAUUCGCCCCAAUCGGGCUACAGGUUCUGGUUAUUGGAAGGCUACAGGCACUGAUAAGGCCAUUCACAGUGGAUCUCAGUAUGUUGGUGUGAAGAAAGCUCUGGUUUUCUACAUAGGUCGCCCACCUAAAGGUGUGAAGACUGAUUGGAUUAUGCAUGAGUACAGGUUGGGUGAUUCAAACAGGAGACCAGCUAACAAACUGGUUGGGUCCAUGAGGUUGGAUGACUGGGUUCUCUGCAGAAUCUAUAAGAAGAGGCAUUUGAGCAGUUCAUCAGUUGUGGAGAAAGAAGAAGAUGAUCAAAUAAUCAAUAACACAACACAAAUCAACUCAUCCGUUGCUAAUGGAGAAGAAACAGCAUCUGUAGUACUUCCAAGGACGUUUUCGAUUACUCAUUUAAUGGAUGUGGACUAUUUCUCUCUCUCUCAGCUGUUAAGUGAGAAUUCACAGCUGGGUUCAAUCGCCGAGUUCCAAACGACUGGAAACAAUGGUGGAAAUAACCAGAAUACACUCUUCAAUAUCAAUCAGCAACCUAUACAUGUGAACCCAUUCUUUGAAGAUUUCAGUAAUUAUAAGAAGAGUCAAUAA